UAAUAUUAGUGCAGAACACUGUACCUUUAAUUUAAAUGCCCUUGGAGUCUGCUGGGGAAGAGAAAUAAUACUGUCAGUCAGUAUGACAUGCAGAUGAGUGCCGUCGAUCUUAGAAUCACCGCACACUUCACUCAUUUGGCCAGUCACGGGGCCAAAACCAGUGUUUGGAGCCACAGUGUGGCGGUGGAGGCAGCAGCAAUGGGAGGCCAUACAGCAACCUAUGACAAAAUGGAAACCAGCAGGAGUGUGAGGAGACCUCAAAGUGGCACAUGGCAGAUUGUGGCGAUGGAGACAGCAGCAAUGGGAGGCCUUACAGGGACCCAU